AUGGCUAAUUUUGACGAUUCCAAAUGGUACCAGAUAUCAACACCAGGCGAUGUGCUAUCAUUUGUGGGGACACCAGCGAACACUGAGGACAACACAACAUCAGUACAACCAUAUGGCCCCGUCUUCCUACGGAUUUCCAAUUCAACAGACCGCGAGCAGCAAUGGCAAAUCUACAACGUCAAUUCGACCACAGUGGUCAUGCGAACUCGCGCAUCAGGGCCGGACAACUACCUAAGUGCCGCUGUUGCACAGGAUGAUGACGGAGAAGUCAACGCCGGCAGCACGAAGCCCAUCAUGGGAAAUUAUUCACUCCUCGACAGCUCCAUGUUCUGGCAUAUUGGCGCGUGGAGUGAUGGCCUCUUCUGGCUGGAGAAUGCGCAGAACGGGAGUUCUUGGCAUCUGAACCACACCGGAAAUGGUUAUUUUCGCAUGAGCUCCAACAUCACCGCGCCGCAGACAGGCCAGCGAUUUAAGUUCACUGCACUUGAAGACAUCAACAACGACAAGUACUCUACUUAUAGCUCUCCCGGUAUAGCAGCAGCAGCAACAGCCACAGCUUCCUCGUCAGCGACCGCCACCGCAAAUACGUCCUCCACCUCGAAACGUGAGAAAACCGAUGGCCUCACAGCAGGUGGCAAGGGAGCAGUCGGUGCCGCCGCUGGUGGCGUCUUCCUCCUCAUCCUCGGUCUGGUCCUCCUUUGGCGCCUUAAGAAACGGAAGAAGCAAUUGGCAAGGGACGCGGCCCUGGAGCCACCCAGGACCGAACUUGCCCAACAAGCGCAGAUUUCGGAAUUGCCCGCCACCGAGAAGACCGUCCCAGAGCUCCCCGGGACGGCGGCAUCCAAAUUCUACGACGAAAAACGCUCAGAGCUACCAGUAGAUACGGCCCCGUCAGAGCUAGGGGGUAAUCACAUUUCCGAGCUACCUGGAGACAGCCGAAAAUGA